AUGGAGCUAGACUCCACCACCAAGGCCCUCUCUCUAUGGGAGAUACUGCAUCCCAUCCUCCUCAACCUAGAUAUGCGAACUCUUCACCACGCACAACGGGUGUGCCGCGUUUGGUAUCACAUCAUCACCAGAUCAAGGUCUCUUCAGCAAGCCCUAUUCUUCCUACCUGUGGAGGAGAGUCAAGCCACUGGCCCCGUCAAACGCAUAGAUCAAAUAAACCCCCUACUUAAGGAGAUUCUCUGGCCUCAGCUAUCGUGGCUUGCUACCUCCGCCCGCAAACUUAAGUUUUCAGAGCGCAGAAGACAAGCCAAGGAACGUGGUAUUCCGACACUCCGUUCAGAGACCGCUAGCUGGCGCCGAAUGCUCAUUCGUCAGCCUCCACCAAUUACAAUAGGCAUCCAAGGUGAAGAUGAAGACGAUGCAGACUCUCCAGCCCCGACUAUCUAUUAUAACGAAGACAUCUCCACCGAAUGUCUCUGGGCCCUGACAGAGAUAUCUACCUUUGCAGAUCAUUGUUUCGUUCAAUGCAUCUUCAGUGGCGACGACGGAUGGAAGGAGAUAUAUCCUCCUGAGCAAGUCGAUCUCGUAUCUGAGCAGGAUCUUCAAAAGUGCGAUAUGUUACUGGUGGGCCACUGCCCGCCUAACUAUCUUCUUAGAAUGAUACAAUGGAUCCUGAGAUAUGCAUACUACGAUCCCCGUCUUUCCCUACGGGUAGACAUACACCCGCCAAUGCUAGAUUUCUAUUACCGUUUCAAUCUAAGCGGUUCAUUAGUGAUGGAUGGUUGGGUCUUCGUUAUCGCCAACCAUCAUGGACCAAUUUGGACAUACAAUGUUGACGACAUGGCCCUGGGCAAGGCACCCAUUUUGGAGUCCUAUAUGCACAAGACCCAGUUGAAUCCUUUGACAGAGCAGGAGGCAACGGCGGUGAAACAUAUUGUCGACGAUGGAUCACUUGCUCGGACGGUUGGAUCUACCACGAGCUAUACAGACAGGCUAGUGCGUGUUAUAGCGAAGCUUGUUGACAAGGGAAUCUUGCCAAAGUUUACGCUCGAAGAACAUGAAAUCAUCUACCGGAUUUUGGAUCUUAUCCAUGUCAAGGGACAUGCAACACAAUGUCAAGCCUAG